CAGCGUUCUCACGAGAUCACCCCGGUAGUGGAUGGCGGCCGGAACUUAUGUGCUCGCUUCGCUGCAAAGCUAGCGUUUAAAAGGGUUACAGCUGGCUCUCCCAAGCGCUCUCUUCUGAGAGCUGCCCCGCUGCGGCCUCUUCGACUCGAGCUCAUGCUUUUGGCUUCCCCGACUGCACUACUUCGCGGAUCGUAGUCCAGCCCGCAGAGCCCUCUCCCGCCCCUCCCUCGGUGCUACAGUUAGGCCGCGCCCUCAGAACCAGUCCGCGGCGGCCCCGGCCGGUGAUGCCAAAUACAGCCAUGAAGAAAAAGGUGCUGUUGAUGGGAAAGAGCGGGUCGGGGAAGACCAGCAUGAGAUCCAUUAUCUUUGCAAAUUAUAUUGCUCGCGACACCAGGCGUCUGGGUGCCACCAUUGAUGUGGAGCACUCCCACGUCCGAUUCUUAGGGAACCUGGUGCUGAACCUGUGGGAUUGUGGCGGUCAGGACACCUUUAUGGAAAAUUACUUCACCAGCCAGCGAGACAACAUCUUCCGAAAUGUCGAGGUUUUGAUUUACGUGUUCGAUGUAGAGAGCCGCGAACUGGAAAAGGACAUGCAUUAUUACCAGUCAUGUCUGGAGGCCAUCCUCCAGAACUCACCAGAUGCCAAAAUCUUCUGCCUGGUGCACAAAAUGGAUCUAGUUCAAGAGGAUCAGCGUGACCUGAUUUUUAAGGAGCGAGAGGAAGACCUGAGGCGUUUGUCUCGCCCACUGGAGUGCGCCUGUUUUCGAACAUCUAUCUGGGAUGAAACGCUCUACAAGGCCUGGUCUAGUAUUGUCUAUCAGCUGAUUCCCAACGUUCAGCAGCUGGAGAUGAACCUAAGGAAUUUUGCUCAAAUUAUUGAGGCUGAUGAAGUUCUGCUGUUUGAGAGAGCGACCUUCUUGGUGAUUUCUCAUUACCAGUGCAAAGAGCAGCGUGACGUCCACCGGUUUGAAAAGAUCAGCAACAUUAUUAAGCAAUUCAAGUUGAGCUGCAGUAAGCUGGCCGCCUCCUUUCAGAGCAUGGAAGUUAGGAAUUCUAACUUCGCUGCUUUCAUCGACAUCUUCACAUCAAACACGUAUGUGAUGGUUGUUAUGUCGGAUCCCUCCAUCCCUUCUGCCGCUACUCUGAUCAACAUUCGCAAUGCCAGGAAACACUUUGAGAAGCUAGAGAGAGUGGAUGGCCCCAAGCACAGUCUCCUGAUGCGUUAAAUGUUGCCAAAUGCUCGUUAUGAAGAUGCGUAUUUUUUUUUCCGUAUCCUGUUUUUAAUAUUCAUGAUGUCGUAUGCUUAGAAGUGGUCUUUGAGAUGUGUGCUGCUUAUUACUUCCAUUUGUUUCUUCCAAUUCUCUAAACAUUGGCACUAUUUACUGAGCUAUCCAGUAGAGCUUCAAGAUGGCUUUUCUGAAAAGUUGGUGUGGUGUAACACUACAGUACGUGGUUUGUGUGUGUUCUGACUGCCUGGUUAUGAUAUGCACAUGAAAGCCUUUACCAGUAUCUUCCUGUAUUAUCAGAUUGCAAAGAUGGGAUGUUACUAUUUUAUCAACAAGAUAUUAAAAAUGCAUUUACACAUUCUUUGCUUUAAUCAUGAAUAAACAUUUCUUGUUAGCAAUUUAAAA